AUGCAGGCAUGGCGAUUUGUUGUCACCCUCGCCCUGCUGGUUGGUCUCUUUGGAGCCUUAGACCUCUCCUUGCUGAAGACACGACAGUCCAGGCCGGCAACGUGUGUUUUCGGCAACCCAGAGGCCCCGGUGCUGUGUGCCUCGCCAGACCACGCUAGCAGAAUCCGACCCCAGUUCCUGAGCCCUUUCCUUGGCCCGGAGCCCUGGCUGCCAGCAUGUGUCGGUAGGGCAACAGCAAACAUCGUGUGGCACUACACCAAUGCGCUGUAUUUCUGGGUUGUUCCGUUCAUGCUCUCGUCGGGUCUGCAGACACCGGUCGAGCAAUAAUGCAUCCCGGGCCUUCUAUAAUUAUAAUAGUGUAUCUCUACCCAGUCAUGUUUGCGGUAUCGCAGGCGGCGCCAACGCCCACCCCUGUGGUCCGGAGCGCUACUGCGGUCCAGAACCCCUACAAUGCGGAGGGGGGGAUAGCACGCGCUGAAGACGAAGCACGCCCCACACCUGUUCCUGUCGU